AUGUACAUGCACAUGCUCGCCGCCGCUUCGUCGCUCGUGCUCGUGCCCUUGCAAAGGCCCCGCUCCUUCUCGCUGCCUCUCCACUCGAUCGUCGACCCGCCGCGCGACACGGACGCGCUGCUCAGCCUGCUCUGCAACGCCUCGCAGCCACGGUGCAGCGCCGGCCGCACGUGCGCCCUCGACCCGCUGCUCACGUCCGGAGGCAACAUCUCGUGCGCCGCACCGAGCGCAGACCCUGCGGACUGCCACGUCUGCCUGCACAAGUCGCUGCUCCCGCUCGGUCCUAUCGACGGGUACGGCAGCGCGGUGCUCUUUGCGGCGGGAACACUCGCCGGCGCGUCUGGCAUCGGCGGCGGCGGGCUCAACGUGCCGCUGCUGCUGAUCGUGAUGGGCUUCCUGAUCGAGGAAGCGGUGCCUAUCUCGCACGUCAUGGUCUUCGGCAACGCCGUCGCACAGAACAUCGUCAACCUUCCGCGCCGCCACCCAGCCGACCCGAGCCGGCCGGUGGUCGACUUCGACGCGCCGCUGCUGCUGCUGCCGAUGAUGCUCGGCGGGAACGCGUUGGGGGUUGUCCUCUCGCCCGUCCUCCCGGCGCCGCUGCUCGUGCUCCUCUCGUGCGUGGUGCUCGCCCUCGCCGCAGCAAAAACUUGGGCGCACGCGGCGCGAGACUUUGCUCGAGAGCGCGCGGGCAAGCAGCAGCAGCAGCGGGCGCCGACAGGCGCUCGUGCGUCGGCGGCGCCGUCCGCGCCGUCGGUGGAGGGCGCGGUGCGCGACGAUUCGGCCGCGGUUCAGCAGCAGCGCGGCCGGCGGAGCUGCAGCGACGAAGGCUCUGCGGACGCGCGGCGCUCGCUGCUGCUGCCGGCCGCGCCGCCAGUUGCCCUGCUCUCGGCCUUUUGGGCGCUCUUCCUGCUGGACGAUCUCGGCGUGCAGCUCAGCGGCGCCACCGACCGGUGCUCCGCACCCUACCUCGGCUGGAAGCUGGGGGAGCUGAUGGCGCCGCUGCUACUGGCGCUCGGCAUGCUGCCGCAGGUCGCCAGCAGCACGUCCGCCUUCAUGAUCCUCUUCACCUCCUCCUCCGACCUCGUGCACUACCUCCUCCAAGGGGUGCUCGCGCCUCAGCCCGGCUACGCCGCUUGGGCCCUCUGCCUCGGCUUCGCCUCCGCAUACUUGGGCCGGCGCGCUUCGUACGUCCUCGUGCGGCGGCUGCGCCACCCGUCGCUGCUCGUCUUUGCACUCGGCGUCAUCCUGCUGCUGGCGCUCGCGCUGCUCGUCGCUCGCUCGGCGGGCAGCGCGCACACCUCGUGGGCGUUUGGCCUGCUCUGCGCGCCGCACGGCGCGUAG